AUGGACGACGCCUGGUUCCGGGGUGUGUGCCUGCUGGGCCUGGACGUGGCUGCGCUGCGAACGGCGACGGGGCUGUCGAUCUCGCCGCGCAUGUUCGACCAGGCCAACACCAAGGGCAUGGAGUACAUGAUCCACUUUCUGCUCUCGACCAUCGAUCCGCAGGCGGCGGCGAAGACUUUUGCCGGCACCUGGCCCGUCCGUGACAGGGACCAGGCUCGCGAGUUUAAGCGCAAGGCAUACGCCAUGAUCGAGCGGCUGCAGGCUGCCGGCCACCUGCCGCCCAACACCAUCCGCAUCUCGACCCUACAGGCUGCCUCGGGCCCACGCAUGGCUGCUCUGCUCUGGCACCUGACCGAUCAUGCCAUCCGCGUUGUCCUCGCUCGCGAUCAUCCUUCGUACCCGCUCCCGACCCCACCCUCGCUCGAGGCUGGCACAGACGCCGGCCUUGCUCCGGCGGCAAACGUUGCCCGCGUCUCGCACGCCCUCCGCAUCCGCAUCCGCGCCCUGCGGGCGGACGUUCAGUCCACCGCUGCUGCGGGUGUUGCGGACCUCGCCGCGUGGCGUUCGGCAGUUGCAGAGCUGACUGCUUGUGUCAAAGUCGCCCGCGCUGACGCCGACGCAGCAGCUGCCGACGCCGAGCGGCUUGGCAUCGCAGUCUCGGACGAGGCGGAUGCCACGCCGGAGGCCAUGGACCAAGGCGCCAUUACCCGCGACGGCCUCUCGGCAAAGCUGGUGGCCCGCGCUGAGGCACUUAAGCGUGAGGCCAAGGAUGUGCAAGCUGCCGUCGACGAGCUGCAGACCUUUGCGAACCGCACGGCACACCUACACGCCGCCAUCUCGUCGGUCUUGGACGGUUCUGCAAACUCGUCCGUGCUCUCAAAGACAGAGCUGGCGGUCUCGCUCCCGACUGAGCUCGCCGAGAGCAUGACUGCCGAGCUCUCGGCGCUGGGUCUCGAGGUGCCCGGCACCGGCAGCGGACCGCUCCAGCUCGACGCCCUUGUCUCGCUGUGGGGCCUGGCGCUCAAGCGGAUGCGACUCUUCCUUGUUCGUCCUUCACCUGACAGCGAGGAUGCCGGCACAUUGGAUGCCUGGCCGGGCGUACCGGACCUUACGGCCGCUGCAUCGGCCGCCGCGGCUCUUUCCGAGCAGCACGCCUCGCUCGACGCCGUUGCCACAGCUCGUGCCACCAAACUGGUGGCAUCGCUACUCCCAAGUAUCGAAGCAUCGAUUGCACGCCUCGACGCCGCCCUUGACGAUGCCCGCCGGAUGGUCCGCUCGGCGCAUGGGGCGCCGGUUCCGGCCACCCCCGGCAAGCGCCCGGCCGUGCUCAUUCCGCCGACGCCCGCGGCGACCCGCCGAUACAACCUGGGCGCACCUCGCCCACCGCCCACCCCGGGCGCUGCCGCCGACGCUCUUCUCUCACCGCUCGGAAUCCGUGCGCGGGAAAAGGUCCGCGAGCAGAUGCGCAAUCUGGCGGUCCAGCGCGUUGCCUCGCAUCUGGCGUUUCCGUCAUCGUCGUCGUCGACGGUGUCGGCGUCAGCGUCGGCCUCGGACGCAGAGUCUGAAGCCAGCGACGAGCACCAUGACUUUGAUGCGCUUGCCAGCAUGCUUGCCGACGCUGUUGUUGGUGGCAGUGAAGGCGCGCUGAGGCAGAUGUCGGACGCCGUCGCUGGGCUGCUCGGCACCCCGCCGCAGGCAGCACUGCAGUUCCACAGCCCCGAGGCGUUUGCCACCCGGCGCGAGCUGGCGAGGACUCCCGCGGUCCAACGGCAAGUCGAGAACAGCUCGCCGCGUCAGACACCGUUGCCGACCUGGGCUUCGUUCGAAUCGCAUCACUCGAUCGAGUUUGAGGACGAUGCUGUUUCACAUGCCGACGUGUGCGACAGCCGCGAUGCCGAUGAGGACUGCACCGAGCGGGCCGAGCGCUACGCACUCGAGUCGAGCUACUCGGACGCCGAGUCCGGCUAUGGCUCAUCAGAGAGCGACUCGGCGCAAUCGUCGUCUGCGGCGUCGGUCUCGGCGGGGCUUUCGUCGCCCAAGCUGCAGCCGGGCUCGGACGCCUGGCUCCUCACCGACUACGCGCUGACUGAUGACCCUCUCUUUGCUGCUUUUGAGUAAGAAAGCUACAGAUACG